AAUACAACGUCUCCGCUGAUGCCUCUCCUCCACGUCCGGGCGGCGUCGCGCUCGGUCCUGAAAACGCGAUGUAUACCGCGGCAACACGAUUUGCAUGCAACAUGUAGAAGAACCCUGUUCAAUUUCUUCCGGAAGCCAAAAGCGGACGAGGGCAAGAAAGAGCCUACGCCCAUCUUGACAGAGGACAACCUUUUCCAUCCGUUCUCGAAAUCACCGUUUCCCGCUGUACGCGCCAGAGGCGAGGCAAUCAGACAACUGGCGUCGUGUCCAGUCUGCGCGUCCGAGCAUGCGCAUCUGCAUGCACACACAAAAGCCCAGCCCAAGGCAGUAAACUUUGAAUGUCCAGAUUGUGGUUGGCCGACCCACUGCUCGGAGGAACAUUGGCUGCAGGAUAAGGAGCAUGAGAAGUACUGCUCACGGCUGAGGGAAGUUAAUGAGGAUGAGCAUGAUUUACGAAGCGGGCGGAAGAUACGGGAGUUCGAGUUCCCUGGUCCUCAGGACUCUGAAACUGCGAUAUCCUUUGCGAACUGGGACGUGUUCUGGUACACUCGAGGAUUCCCGUCCAUGGACACGGAGCGGUCCAGAAGACACGCCAGUAAAGUUUUGACCUACCCGAUUACGAUUGGGUCGGUUUUACACGAGCACAGUUAUCUCACUCUCAACAACCAGAGGCUGACGCCUGAGGGAAGUCGUUCCUUGGCUGCCCUGAGGUCAACGUUACAUGUACCUACUGGUGCUCCGGAGACCGAAGAAGCGUCAGCGACUAAGCCGGAAGUUCGGAUAUUUAUCCUCGGGGCUCGUGCAGAGUCUGCUCUGCCGCCUCACGCUUGGGAGCAACUACAUAUGCUGUUCCCCGCUGCGAUCCUUCACCUGUUCUUUAUCGGCCCACAGGUGUCGCUGCCGAAGUUUGGUCAGGCUAACAAAACCUCUUCUACUUCGAAUCCCACCGGGCAAACUACACAACAGCAACAGCAGGCGGCAGGAUCUCCUGGGCCCGAAGCGCGGCCCACACCUCAGGGAGCAGCUGAGGAAACGGCCCCUCAGCCUGCCUCGGAGAAGAACGAAUCCCAACCAGCGGAGGAGAAACCGUCGUAUGUGCCGAACGUCUACGAGCCUCCGACGCCCGCACCAAUAACGCCCCUCAAGCGCACUCGGCAGUCUAUCGAUCGUUAUGGUGUCCCAUCAUACACCACUCCCUACAAUCACCAGCUUACCAUCACAGGCAUGCAGGCUAAUUAUAUUGACGUCCACGGCCACUUCCAGGAGACUUUCGACCCCUACACGGACUGUUUCUUCUUGUUCUGCCCCGGUUUUGGUUUCCCAUCUCCUGAGUCGACGGACGAACACGGAAAUGCGCUGCUUCAAAUAGCCUCUCCGACCGAGUGGGGGCCGGUCAUGCCUCUGUUGCUUGCUACGAAAUGCCCCAUCUUUGUCACCGGAUUCUCUCCGGCGGACGUGGAACGCGACGUGCGAUCAUUAUCGACUGCACCAGGUGUCGCGGGAGAGUUUGAUUGGGUGAUCACACCGGGUCCGAACGCUUUUGGGAGUGAAAAGUGGGAGGUAGCUGACUUUGAUCCACGGGUCAUGGUCAAGUCGAACUGGGGCAUAUGGGGUAUCAGAGGACAGCGCAGGGAUGUCAGGGAGAAGAGCUCGUUUACUUCACUAUUUUCUUCAUAAUUGUCUGUUAUCUGUAGCUAUUGAUAAUCCAAACCCCACUCGCAUUUCUGUAGGGCGGCCGGGCUGAAUUCAUUAUUCUGAAUUGGC